GGCAAAACCAAAUCUUUAUUUCCCUCAUCCACAGGGACAGCGAUGACAUUCCUCCAGGUGAAGAUGUGGAGCAACAAGAUGGAGAUCUGUCCCCUGAAGAAGGAAUAUUUUUGAAAGAGUUUCCCAUAAUGAAAGCAGAACUAGAAAUGGCCAUCAGAAAGUACCGUGCCCUCGCAGACGACAUCGACAAAACCCACAAAAAUUUCGCCGAGACCAGCCUGGUGACCAACUCGGUUGCUGUGGCCUCCGGAACCAUGAGCCUCCUGGGGUUGGCCCUCGCUCCGGUCACAGCCGGAGGAAGCCUGAUGCUUACAGCUGCUGGUCAAGGUUUGGGGGCAUUCGCUGGGGCCAGCAGUCUGUUGACCAGCAUUUUGGAAUACCGUCACAAUAAAAAAGCCCAAGCUCAGGUCAGCAGCGAACUGUCUGCCCCUGACCCAAAGGUCGAGGAGGCUGUGGCCUAUGCCAUGGUGGCCGGAAAGACUGUCUAUAAC